CCAUUCCAGGUGCUGGUCGUACCCGGUGACGUAGCGGUGGAAAGCGAUGUCGAAAAUGUGGUGCUGAAGACGGCGAAGCACUUCGGCAAACUUGAUAUUCUCGUUAACAAUGCUGGAAUUGCCGUGGCAGGAUCCAUUCAAAGUACCCCAAUUGAAGUGUUUAACAGAGUGUGGGCGACGAACUUCCUCGGUUCGCUAUGCAUGAUCAAAAACGCUGUGCCCUACUUGCGUCAAACUAAAGGUAACAUCGUGAACAUUUCCACCGCCGGAUCGUUGACUGCGGUUCAGAUGGCCGUGCCUUACGUAAUCAGCAAAGCGGCGCUGGACCACAUGACACGAUGCGCCGCACUAGAGAAUGCUGCCUAUGGUGUCCGUGUGAACUCAAUCAAUCCAGCCUAUAUCAACACCUUGAUUGGGAAAACACCUGCAGUCAGCGCCGAUGAAUACAUGGAGAUCUUCGAGAAAAUGAACGCUGAUAAGCACGCGCUUGGACGAGUGGGUACGCCGGAAGAAGUGGCCCGCUGCAUCGCCUUCCUGGCAUCCGACGAUGCCGCGUUCGUCACGGGGAUCACAAUGCCUGUCGAUGGGGGCUUGCUCCUUCUGUCCAGCGUCUCGGGUUCCGCCCCAACGCUGGAUACCCAGAAGACUGCGUGAGAAGCCAAGAACGCAGCCUGGCUGUCCUGCCAGGUUACACAGUAAAAGCCAAGCAAAUUCUGGCAGCCUCCUUUUUAUAAAGAAUUCCCCCGCCUUGCAAUUACCUGCUGUCUUU